UCUCUCUCUCUCUCUCUCUCUCUCUCUAUUCUUCUCACUAUCACAAGCCUCCACAACCUCAACAAUGGCUUCAACUCUCUUCUCUACACCAACUUUCCAAGGUCUUAGACCUCUCAACAAACCCACUGACUCUUCUCUUUUCCUUCACAAGCCUACCACCUUCAAGCCCAUCACCAAGAAAACCACAAAUCUUGGUGUAAAAGCUGAACUCAACCCAUCAAUUGUCAUCAGUUUAAGCACUGGGCUUUCACUUUUCCUUGGAAGGUUUGUUUUCUUUAACUUCCAAAGAGAAAACGUGGCCAAACAAGGGUUGCCAACACAAAAUGGAGUUUCUCAUUUUGAGGCUGGUGAUGUUAGAGCUAAAGAAUAUAUAAGUUUGCUUAAGUCUAAUGAUCCAGUUGGGUUUAAUAUUGUUGAUGUUCUUGCAUGGGGAUCAAUUGGUCAUAUUGUUGCUUAUUAUAUCCUUGCUACUUCUAGCAAUGGUUAUGAUCCUAGUUUCUUUGGUUAAAGAAAUUGAUGUCUUUUUUUUGUUGAUCUAUGUGAAAUUGUUAUGGCCUUGUUUGUAUAGUGCCAAAGAAUUACUAGUA